CGACGCCCGAGUUCGUCAGUCUCGCCAGGGUCGCCGCUAGGGUCGGACCACAAUCUAGUCAUUAAAAACUUUUUUUUAUAAUUGUAUUUUUAUAAUUUUGUAAUCAAAAGGCCAUCAUGAAAGUGUUCAUCGUACUAACAGCAGUCACCGCGCUAGCGAGUGCACAAUUCAAAUGUCCCAACAAGGACGGACAGUAUGAGGACCCUACUCAGUGCGACAAGUUCUACGAGUGCGUCGACGGCGUGGCCACCACCAAGCUGUGUCCCGAUGGCCUCGUGUUCGAUCCCACCAUCAGGAAGAUUAACAAGUGCGACCAGCCCUUCAAUGUAGACUGUGGUGAUAGGACUGAGCUGCAACCCGCCAAGCCCAACAGCCAGUGCCCCCGCCGCAACGGCUUCUUCGCUCACCCCGACCCCUCAGUCUGCAACAUCUUCUUCAACUGCAUCGAGGGUGAAGCCACUGAGGUCAAGUGCACCGCUGGUCUGCACUUCGACGAGUACUCCGGCACCUGUGUGUGGCCCGACUCUGCUGGCAGGCAAGGGUGCCAGGAGCAGGAGAAGAAGACCAAGGACGGCUUCCAAUGCCCCGUCCAGCAGCAAGUCGACGCUCAAGGCCAGGCCGUCGCUCACCCCAAGUUCCCCCACCCUACCGACUGCCAGAGGUUCUACGUGUGCCUGAACGGCGUGGAGCCCCGUGACCUUGGCUGCCAGACUGGUGAGGUCUACAAUGAGGAGUCGCAGAAAUGUGACGCGCCUGAGAACGUGCGCGGAUGUGAGGACUGGUACAAGGACUCCGAGGAGGCGCCCGCACCCAAAGCGAGAUCUUAAGAACUAGUGAUAUUCUAAUAUAGUUGUACGUUAAGACUUAAUAAGUUAAAUACAUUUUAAGUAAAA